UCUGUAUUUUCUCAAAUAUCAAAAAACAUAAUUAUUCACAAUAUCUUCUGAAAAACGUUUACGAACUAUUAAAAUGAAUUUCAAAUCAACUAUAUUUACAACGUUACGUUUUAUGUGAUAGCGAGUUUGUAUUUUUUCACUGUGUGAAAUAUUUUUUAAAUUUUUACCAAAUUUUUGCAAAUAUUAAAUUAUGACCACAGAAGAAGGUUUUGAACAGUUUGAAGAUGAGGAGGCCGAAAUUCCAAUUGGUGGAACUUUACCUGGUGGUAGAAAACGAUUGUUUUCGAAAGAACUACGCUGUAUGAUGUAUGGUUUUGGUGAUGAUCAAAAUCCUUAUACAGAAAGUGUAGAUUUAUUAGAAGAUCUUGUUAUUGAAUUUAUUACUGAAAUGACACAUAGAGCUAUGGAAAUUGGUCGUACUGGUCGUGUUCAAGUAGAGGAUAUUGUAUUUUUAGUUAGAAAAGAUCCAAGGAAAUAUGCAAGAGUUAAAGAUCUUUUAACAAUGAAUGAAGAAUUAAAGAAAGCUAGAAAAGCAUUCGAUGAAGUUAAAUAUGCAGGUACAGUUAGUCAGUAGAUUUCAUUUGUUGAUAUCAAAGCAUAUAACAAAAUAUUUUUAUUGUGCUUAAAUUUAUUAUAGAAAGAAUUAUAUUGAGUUCUUUAUUAUUCUUUCUGUAUUGUUGUAGUCUUCUUAAAAGAAUAAUUAUUUUUAUAAUUCUUU